UGUUAACCAGUUCCUCCAUCAUCAUCAUCACCAUCAUCAUCAUCUGUGUGGAAGGAAGCCGCAGCCUCUCACUACUCUUUCCCCGGCAGUGAGCAGCGGUUUCCCAGCCUCCUCAGCGUCAACACGCCCGUUGCUGGUUUUCAAAAACACAUAUGUCUGACGAAGAGCCAAACAUGUCGACGGGUAGGAAGACAACGUUAAGUGAAAACACGCUUUUUGGGAUGGGAAAUCCUUUGCUCGACAUUUCAGCUGUUGUGGACAAAGACUUCCUUGACAAGUUUGGACUGAAGCCUAACGACCAGAUCCUCGCCGAAGACAAACACAAAGCCUUGUUUGAAGAAAUUGUCAAGAGGAACAAAGUUGAAUACCAUGCAGGUGGCUCAACCCAGAACUCAGUGAAAAUUGCUCAGUGGAUGAUCCAGAAACCCCACAAGGUGGCUACCUUCUUCGGGUGCAUCGGUACCGACCACUUCGGGGAGAUCCUGAAGAAGAAGGCAGAGGAAGCCCACGUCGACGCCCAUUACUAUGAGCAAAAUGUGGAGCCGACCGGUACCUGUGCAGCCUGUAUCACUGGGGACAAUAGGUCCCUUGUUGCUAACCUGGCAGCGGCAAACUGCUACAAAAAGGAAAAACACCUGGACUUGGACAGCAACUGGGAGCUGGUGAAGAAAGCCAAGGUCUAUUAUAUUGCGGGUUUUUUCCUGACUGUGUCCCCGGAGUCAAUCCUCAAGGUGGCGAAGCACGCUUCAGAUAACAACAAAAUCUUCUGCAUGAACCUCUCAGCACCCUUCAUCAGCCAGUUCUUUAAAGAGCCCUUGAUGAUGAUCAUGCCUUAUGUUGACAUCUUGUUUGGCAACGAGACGGAGGCGGCCACAUUUGCCAAAGAGCUGGGCUUUGAGACAGAUGACAUCGCAGAGAUUGCAAAGAAGACCCAAAACCUCCCGAAGGAGAACACAAAGAGGCAGCGAGUGGUGGUCUUCACUCAGGGCAAGGACGACACUGUUGCAACUGUUGGUGAGAAGGUGACCAUGUUCCCUGUUUUGGACAUCGACCAGAACGCUAUUGUGGACACUAACGGCGCAGGAGACGCCUUCGUGGGAGGAUUCCUCUCUGCGUUGGUCCAAGAGCAUGCAUUGGAGGAGUGUAUCCGGGCCGGACACUACGCCGCCAAUGUCAUCAUCAGACGGGUCGGGUGCACCUUCCCAGAGAAGCCAGACUUUCACUGAUGCAUCCGAGCACUGCUCAUUUGUCUUUCCCACAAGAUACUUGGAUAUGUAUGCUUCUUCAGGAUUUUCUGUACAUUUUUUUCUAUUUACAGUGACUGACUGCAUGGGACUAAGUGCUGCAGCUUGGAUAUUUUAUUAAGCUCAAAUAAGCAGCUCAGAUGUUUUAAUACAAUCAUAACAAUGUACUAGUAUCAAAUGUUGGAAUAUUAUGGUCAUGUUAAAAGGAGUAUUCCACUGAAAAUCAACUUUUUGAGUAUCAAAAACUCAGCGCCUAUAGGCGUGAAAGAUGGAAACUUCCCAAACCACUCCUACAGCAUAAUCGACUUCUCCACCAUUGAUCCAUUUGUUCUCUAUAGUUAAAAUUCAUAGUUUCUCUUUUCAGGAAGUAGUGUAUUUAGUGACUUAUUUGCUAAGUGGCGAUAGUUUACAUCAUACUGACGAUCGGAUCAGUGGUGGAGAAGAAAAUGAUCCUGCAGGAUGGGUUUGCAAAAAGUUUCUGUGGACAUGUAGCUCGAUGUAGUAGACAUGUAGACAUGUAGUUUGUUUCUUGCUCCCUCAUGGAGGAGUUCCAAUCGAUUCUAAUGAUUACCCAGAGUCAAGGCCAAAAAUACCUAUUUAAACACUCAUAGAAACUUCUCAAACCAUCACUCAUGCGUAAUCUACUUCUCCACUGAUCCUUAUACCCUAAUUAUUAAAGCUUCACCAAUAAAUUGCUAAUUCCACUGCUUCUGAGCUUGGAAAAGCUAAUAGCGUGAGUAUCGUCCUUCACAAAAUGGCGAGCUACAAACUUUGUUGAGCCUCCUUUCAGGCCUGCAGGUGCUGAGUGUUGUGAUACUGUAGUCUAUAAAAUUUGGUAAAUUUUCAGUUGAAUAUUUCUUUAUUAUUCAGCUGUAAUACUGCAAAAAAAAAAACAUGGAUUGGCGUGCCAUUAUGAGUGGCUGUCCAAUAUCAGGAACUGAAAGUUUUAACAGGACAAAACUGGAAAGAAUGUUUUUUUGUUAUUCUACAAAUAAAACAAUAUUUAACUCAU